AUGGCCGAUGACACUGUAAACACAGACUUUGUUGCUCCAUCGACAUCAGCGAAGCGUCCUGCGUCCCCUACUACGGAUAAUCUUCAACAACAACAAACCGGUGACGCGAGUAGAAAUAAAAAACAACACACCAAAAACGAAGAAGAAGAAGAAGAUUUCAAAAAUCAGACGAUAAUCCGCCAGCUCGUUGAGAACUCAAUCGGUAACAUUCUCUUACAAAAUGGAGAGGGAAAAGAACGAAAAACGAAUAUUAUCGCGCCGCACGUGAAGGAAGGCUCCAGAAUUGAAAUUCGUUGGGUGAUUCAGAAUACGCUUUCAGACGAGGAAAAUGUAGUAAAAACGAACAGCGAGACGAAAAGAAUAAAAGAAGAGAUUGUCUGGUGGGGCGCCACGGUCACAAAGCGAAGAGAAGAAGACAAUACCGCCACCAACAGUAAGAACGACGUGUGUGAUAUCCUUUACGACGCUCGAACGGAAGAAUUUCCAGCGGAAGCGGGUAAAAUUGUGUUAAUGUCCGAACACGAGUGCUCGGACGGCGACGACCCGAGUAUGAAAUUUUAUUGGAGAAAGGAAGGCGAUUCUACUUUUUACGUAGAGGAUGAAGGAGAGGAUGAUGUGGAUGAAGAAAUGACGAUGCAAGACGUGCUCGAGUAUCAGACGAAAAUUGACGGAGAUACCGGAGAUGGAGAUACAUUAGCGAACGCGAGCGAAAAGGCGUUUGGGACGUUGCCGAUGGACCAACAACUCAGAUUAGCUACUGGGUUCGCGCAGAUGAAAGGGAAGUUAAUGGAGAAAUUACGUGAGAUUUCGGAGAGGAACGGUGCUGGAUACACGGUGACAAAGGAUGACAUGGAGCGCAUAAUGUUGGAGUUGAGAAACGAAUCGUAA